AUGGCAUUGCACAAUGAACAAUUUUCGAGCGAGGACUCUGAUAUGCCACUGUCAGAAGUUAUAGCAAGACGCCGUAGGAUUACACGCAUAAGUUCUGAUGAUUCUUCAACAGAAAGUUCAAGCGACAUAAUACCUUUUCAUCGUCUUUCUGUGCGUCGCAACAUAAUUUUAUCAAGCAGUGAAGACGAAGAAGAUCAAUCGAAUAUGAUCAACAAUUAUACAAAUGCUUCUUCCACGGACUGGUCUAAUCCUACUGGAAAUCAACCACAGCUUACGCCGUUCGUAGGCGCACAUGGUUUCAAACUAUUCAAUCGGAAUUAUGAAAAUGUAGGAGACAUUUAUUCCUUACUACUGGAUGAUAGAAUCCUUGAAAUUAUCGUGACAGAAACCAAUCGAUAUGCGGAAAAGGUGUUGCUUGAGAAAACGUCAUCGCGGUUGGACAAAUGGAAACCAACAGAUAUAACUGAAAUGAAACGAUUUUUUGGGCUCAUAAUGUGGAUGGGCAUAGUAAAACUUCCCGAAAUUCAUUUAUAUUGGUCGAAAGAUGCAGCUUAUGCUCAAAGUCUUCCUGUUUCGGUGCUAUCAAGGAAUCGUUUCGAGCUUUUGUUGCGAAUGUUGCAUUUCUGUGACAACGAAAAUGAAAAUCAUGACGACCGUUUGUAUAAAAUUAGAGUCAUAAUUAACAUGCUAAAUGAAAAUUUUAAAAAAUACUAUGAUCCAGGCGAAAUUGUUUGCGUGGAUGAAUCCUUGAUUCCCUUUCGAGGUCGUAUCGUAUUCAAGCAAUACAUAAAGCAAAAACGACACAAAUACNGUAUUAAAAUAUUUAAAUUAUGUUCGGCACCAGGAUAUACAGUCAAUUUUGUAAUUUAUUGCGGAAAAAAAUCGGACACCGAGAAAACAACGCCUACCAAUGUAGUUUUGUCAUUAUGCAAAGACAUAUUCGGUAAGGGUNAUACAGUGUGUACCGAUAAUUGGUACACAAGUGUCGACUUGGCUAGGCAACUAAUUGCAAGAAAUACUCACCUUAUUGGAACAAUGCGGUCGAAUCGCCGCGGCAUUCCGAAAGAUUUGNUUGCAAAAAAAUUAAAGCGAAAUGAAUAUGUUGCAAAAGAAAGUUUGGAUGGAUUAACGGUACUUAAAUGGAAAGAAAAACGUGACGUCNUUUUAUUAUCCACAAAGCACUCUGACGAAAUGGUUGUUGUACGGAAAAGGGGGUAUGACUGUGUCAAACCAAAAAUUGUCAUAGAUUACAAUGAAGGAAAGUCAUACGUAGAUGUUUCGGAUCAAAUGUCAUCAUACUGCAAUCCUUUACGCAAAUCCGUAAAAUGGUAUAAAAAAAUUAUGUUUGAACUUUUUUUAAAUACUGCUGUUGUAAAUGCGUGGAUAAUAUAUAAUAGUCUCACAAACAGUAAAAUAUCAAGCGUUGAAUUUAGAAAACAAUUAGCUAUGCAACUGAUGUCCCGCGAAGAUAAUAAUUCUUUGCGCGUAGUACCAAAAAGANUUCGUCAUGAAAUUAAAAAAAAGAACGGCAAAUUUGAUUCAGUUAGAAAACGCUGCAAAAUUUGCUAUGAAAAUAAUGUUAAAAAGUUUGGCUCGAAAUUGGCAAAAAAUUGUACCAUAAAAGUUGUGACAUUUUGUGAUGGUUGUCCAGACAAGUCUCAUUUCUGUCUCCCAUGUUUCAACAAGGUCCACCGCAAUAUGCCUUUAUAA